AUGGAGGCUGCCUUUAUUGCUUUUCUUGCUGAGGAUGAAAAGAAUACGCUGAAAGAGAAGAAGGCUGCUCCUAUGGCUGCUGCUUCUGUGAAAGGAUCUACUAUUCGUCCUGACAUGUGUAGUAGUAAUGACCCUGCCAUCGCGGAGCUUUGCGACCUAUUCGCCAACAUUUUUUCCCUGAAGGAUACUACUACUACUGAUGCUUCUAAAAUGAGGGCUUUUGAAAGAGGGCUACUCGUGUUCAUCUACCUCUUCCAUUCGACCCUCCUGCAACAUCAAGGCCAACUCGAUGAUCUUCCCCCAUUGCAAACAAUUGAAGGGAUGGCAAUGGUGGAGCUGGUGCUGGGAUGA